AUUCACGUUCGAUCAUCCUUGUCUCAAUGUCGCCAGUAGAACAUGGCGACAAAGUGAGACACGAGCUUUUUGGGGUCUCCGUGUAAAAAAUCCUUAGUAUGUUCGUUAUCCUAGCCUCAGCAUACGUAGAUAUCAUACCAAUUGUCAAUAAGGACAUACUCAAGCCUUGGAGACCGUUUGGUGAGAAAGAAAACGACAAAAUCAGUGAGCGAUCCUGGAUCACCACCAACGUUAUCGCCACAGUCUGCAAACCCAAGCACAGAGCAGUCCCUUUCCGACACCGACGAGUUUAAACACCUUGUCCGUCAAACCCUGACAGAGAUUCAAUCAGGACAAAAAGAGUUACGUAACUGCAUACAUAGGCUGGAACAGAAUAUCAAUGACUCCAUUGAAUUCCAGAGUAAGCGUAUUGACGGCUUGGAGUUGAAGAUAAAAGAACUUGACCGGAUAACUGCAGUGGUUGCCAAGGCUGAGAAAACCAUGGCCGACCAUGCCGAGCAGCUAAACAAGCUGGAACGCUUCUCUCGGAGAAAUAAUCUUCGGGUUAUCGGCUUCCCACAGCAGAAAGUUGAAGACUGCCUGGCUCUCGCUCACAAUCUCUUCAAGGAGAAAUUCAAGAUGCCAGAUGCAAAGCUGGAACGAGCUCACCGUGAUGGCCCAAAGAUGGACGGCAGACCACAGCACCUUCUUAUCAAGCUGAACUGCUAUCAGGACAAAAUCAAGAUCCUCCAGCAACAGCGACAAGUCCGGACAAGUCGAAGACCUGACCAGAGCCGACCUGCAAGAGAAGAGAAAAUGGUCAACACAAGCCUCCGCAGCGAACAAGGAGGGAAUGAAGUACAGGUUCGUAGCCGGUAAGUGGAGAGGUGCAGGCGGCGCACUAGCUGAC